AUCAUUUAUUUUAUUUGUUACGGGCAUCACUGCCAUAUUUGUCGACACCAUGGUAACAAACAAUUGCUUGACGAUUACAAUUAUUUUUCUUUAAAAGAUUAUGUAAGUAGACAACGUAUGUGUUUAGGGAAAAUCAAUACGUCCAAAUUAAAUUCAAAAUAAUGCCUAUCAUUGUUAAAGACUUUUCUUGGUGGCAAACUGAGUGUAAAUUGUUUAUACAAAUUCAAAUUCCACACAUAUCUCAGAAAAAUGCUGAUAUUCUUACGUCUAAUAAAUAUUUAAAAAUUAGUUGUUUACCGCAUAUUUUUGAAGCAAUUCUUUGGGAUGAAAUAAACGAAGAAUGUAGUAAGUGUACGUUUGAUAAUGGAUGUGUUUUAUUUGAGUUACAAAAAAAAAACAGUGUUCAUUGGGAAUGUCUGACACUAAAAAAAUCGAAAGAGGAGUUGAAAAAGUUAAAAUGUGAAAUUUUGAAUAACAUCAUCGAAGAACGCCAGAAUAAAUCUCAGCAUAAGGCUGUCGUAAAAACAGAAAGAGACCGAUUAGCUGUCAAGGAACAAAUAAAUUUUGAAAACAAAGAACACCAACUCAUUCAAAGUAUUCGUGACGAAGAGAAAGAAAAAGUUUUGAAAGAGUUGAGUACGUGGAAAUCAAAAACAGAAAUUAUAUACGAUAAAAGAAUAAAUGAGAAAAAUAAUAAAGACAUUUUUUCAACGGAUCAACCGAUUAAGAUCUACGAGAUAGAAAACACACCGACUGAAUAUAUAGAUCAAUUGCCAAGCCCUAGAACUUUUAAAACAAUUGAGAUUAAUUUCACACCGAGACACUUUACUACUCCGAGUAGAGAAUCGACAAAAGCUGACGAGCAAGAGUGGUUACAAAAGCAGACGGCCGCCAGAAGGGCUGCAGGGUUUGUGGAAGAAGACUUGAGACCAGAAGAACAUGACCCGGAAUGGUGCUUGCAAAAAGGAAAUACAUUUAUGACAGAACUAAAUUACAUUGGAGCUGUAAGCGCUUAUUCGCAUGGGAUAAAGUUGAGUCCAAAAAUGGCUACAUUGUAUUUGAACAGAUCUAAAGCGCACAUUCAAAUAAAAAACUAUCACAAAGCCGUCGAAGAUACAACAACCGCGUUGGAGUUGAUGGUUCCGGCGGUUGAUGGAAACGUGGGUUGGCGAGCCGAGGCGUAUUACAAUCGAGGCAGGGCGCUGAUCGAACUAAAUACCGCACACUUGGCCGUCGAUGAGCUGAGGUUGGCUUUGACAUUGGCGCCAGACCAGGCCAACGUUUACGGACCGGAGUUACAGCGGGCCAUGAACUUGGCUCCGGUGCACGAGCGGGAGCUGAAGAAGACUCGAGAAUUGGACUUAAGUAACGCGCCUACCGUUUGGUGCAAAUAAAGAAUUUUCAUUAUUAUUAUUAAUAUUAUUACUCCUUAUAUGGCUAUAUCUUUAUUACAUACUUUGCUUGUAGAAAAUAGAUAAAUCGUUAAUGAAUAUUUUGUAUAGUUUUAUUAUUCUAUGAAUUCUAUUCAAAUUUAUAAUAAUACAUAAAAUGUUCAACUACUGUAAUGUUACUUUUUAGCUAGGAUUCUAUCAUGAGUAUUAAAUAUACAUUUUCUAUACCUAUUUGCCAAAUUUUUGUUUUUAUUUGAGAUUGUUGGAAAGUUAUAAUUUUUGCUUAAGUAAAAUAUUGAAUUGUUUUAAUCUUAUAUACCACUCAGUUUAAUAAACAGGUGUUUUGUAAAUACCUAAUUUUAUUUUAUACAUAACAUUAUGAAACAAAUUUGUAUACAAUUAAUGCAUUACUUGUUAUACAUUAUGUACAACAACAUAAAGUUUUUAUAGAUUAUUUUUGAAGAGAACAAUUUCACUGUAAAAUGUUCUCAGAUAAAAUGACGUUGUUUGACAAGCAAUUACCUAGGUACUUAUUAUUGUCGUACUCAAUUCUUUGAAUUAAAAUCGUGUUAAAGAAAACAAAACUUUCUAAAUAUAUAUAUGUAUUAUGAUAUGGUUAGUAUUAAUAUAAGUUUUGUUUAUAUUUUAUUAUUUUAUAACUUUGAAUAUAAUAUUAUGGUUUCUACCUAC